CACGAAACAUGAAGACAUCUUGGAGCUUUAAUUGCGGAGUUUUGCUGCUCUGCUCAAUUCUGUGCUCUGGUCAGAAUGUCACAAAAAAGAACGACAGCCAGGAGGUCAUUAGAGUGAAGGUAAUGCUGCAGCCAUCCUCAUCAGAUUCCUCGUCCAGCUCCUCCAGUACCACCUCGACCACUACUCCCAAACCCAACAACCCCCCCACAGCCAAGUCCUCAAUGCAGGCACAUGAAAUCGAGGAGGAGGACUACAACUUCCACAACGAUCGUCUUCCCGCUUUGUCGGAGGACGAGUACAACAACCUGGGCGAGGAUGCCAAUCCGCUGCACUUCCUCAAACAGCAGCCACUGCAUCUUGAAAAUGAGGAGCUGUCACUGCCCUCAGAAAAAGUAGAGCAGUCGCAGCAACAGCCAAGUCAGCAGAUCAAAACCCAACCAGAUUCCCCAGUGGUCAGUCCUCAACCAGUCGGCUCGCCCAUCUACAUCACCAUUCCCAUCUACAUCAGCACGCGUGGAAAGCUGCCCCUGACCCUGACCAUUGGGGAUCAGGAGUUGUCCCUGAAAAAGCCCAAUGGCACUGGAUCCGGCAAGAAGAACCCCUCCACCAAGGCACCCAACUCGCACUUCAACCGCUUGCUCCAGCAGAUUGAAUCUCCCAAGAGACGGACCACCAAUCGCCAUCGCAGCCAACUGAAGAGUCACAUAUAUGCGAUGAAGGAGAGGAUGGAUCGCCAGGAUCUUGUGUACCACCCGGUGGAAUAAACACUUUAGACUUCAGGAUAUGGCAUUAAGUUUAUAUCUAACAAUAAAUAAAUGACAAUAAAUAACUGAGAAAUGAUGUGUGGAUCUGAACCGGA